CCCGGGCCGCCGCCGCCGCCGCCGCCGAGGUACCGGGGGACCCGGAGGGGAAGCGCCGGAGAUGAGCGCUAAAAUGGCUGCUCCGGCUCGGGCUGUUUUCAGAUGCUUCAAGUGUGAACAGAGACUUUCUUGGAUUAUGUGUUUCUCAGCUAGACUAAGUACAUGCUAACGAUGGAUAAGUGCAAACACAUUGGGCAGUUGCAGCUUGCUCCAGACCAUUCCAUCCUCAACCCUCAGAAAUGGCAUUGUGUGGACUGUAACACAACAGAGUCAAUCUGGGCGUGCCUCAGCUGUCCCCAUGUUGCCUGUGGAAGAUACAUUGAAGAACACGCACUCAAGCACUUUCAAGAAAGCAGUCAUCCUGUUGCCCUGGAGGUGAAUGAGAUGUAUGUUUUUUGCUACUUUUGUGAUGAUUAUGUUCUUAAUGAUAAUGCAACUGGAGACCUGAAGUUACUGCGAAGUACGUUAAGUGUAAUCAAAAGUCAGAGUUAUCACUGUACUACUCGAAGUGGAAGGGUUUUGCGGUCUGUGGGUACAAGUGAUGAUUCGGAUUUCUUACACGAUGGUGCCCAAUCUCUGCUUCAAAAUGAAGAUCAAAUGUAUACUGCUCUUUGGCACAGGAGGAGGAUACUAAUGGGUAAAAUCUUUCGAACUUGGUUUGAACAGUCACCCAUUGGAAGAAAAAGGCAAGAAGAUCAAUUUCAGGAAAAAAUAGCAAAAAGAGAAGUGAAGAAAAGACGGCAAGAACUGGAGUAUCAAGUGGAAGCAGAACUGAAAACUAUGCCUCCAAGAAAGAGUUUACGUUUGCAAGGUCUAGCUCAGUCCACCACAGUCGAAAUAGUUCCUGUUCAAGUACCACUACAAACCUCAGCAUCCCCAGUGAAAGUAGUAUCUACCUCAGAAGAUGUAAGAUUAAAAAAAGCCAGUGACUUCUCCGUUAAACGAAGGCCCAUAGUAACUCCUGGUGUAACAGGAUUAAGAAAUUUGGGAAAUACUUGCUAUAUGAAUUCUGUCCUUCAAGUGUUAAGUCAUUUACUUAUUUUUCGACAGUGUUUUUUAAAACUUGAUUUGAACCGAUGGCUCUCUGUGACAGCUAAUGAUAAAACAAGAUCAUCUUAUAAGCAUCUUCCAGUCACAGAUACAGUAUAUCAAAUGAAUGAAUGCCAAGAAAAAGAAACGGGCUCUCUUCACUCCAGACAUCCAAGUUUAUCCUUAGGACUAAGUGGUGGAGCAUCAAAGAGUAGAAAGAUGGAGCUUAUUCAACCAAGGGAGCCUAGUUCACAAUACAUUUCUCUCUGUCAUGAAUUGCAUACUUUGUUCCAAGUCAUGUGGUCUGGAAAGUGGGCCUUGGUCUCACCAUUUGCUAUGCUACACUCAGUAUGGAGACUGAUUCCUGCUUUUCGUGGUUAUGCUCAACAAGAUGCUCAGGAAUUUCUUUGUGAGCUUUUGGAUAAAAUACAGCAUGAACUGGAGACAACUGGUACCAGGUUACCAGCGCUUAUUCCCACUUCUCAAAGGAAACUUAUUAAACAGGUUCUGAAUGUUGUGAAUAACAUUUUUCAUGGACAGCUUCUUAGUCAGGUUACAUGUCUUGCAUGUGACAACAAAUCAAAUACCAUAGAACCUUUCUGGGACUUGUCACUGGAAUUUCCAGAAAGAUACCAAUGCAGUGGAAAAGAUAUUGCCUCCCAGCCAUGUCUGGUUACUGAAAUGUUGGCCAAAUUCACAGAAACUGAAGCUUUAGAAGGAAAAAUCUACGUAUGUGACCAAUGUAAUUCAAAGCGUAGAAGGUUUUCCUCAAAACCAGUUGUACUCACAGAAGCUCAGAAACAGCUUAUGAUUUGCCACCUACCUCAGGUUCUCAGACUACAUCUUAAACGUUUCAGGUGGUCAGGACAUAAUAACCGAGAGAAGAUUGGUGUUCAUGUUGGCUUUGAAGAAAUCUUAAACAUGGAGCCCUAUUGCUGCAGGGAAUCCCUGAAAUCCCUCAGACCAGAAUGUUUUAUCUAUGACUUAGCUGCUGUAGUAAUGCACCAUGGGAAAGGAUUUGGCUCAGGACACUACACUGCCUACUGUUAUAAUUCUGAAGGAGGGUUCUGGGUACACUGCAAUGAUUCCAAGCUAAGCAUGUGCACUAUGGAUGAAGUAUGCAAGGCCCAAGCUUAUAUCUUGUUUUAUACCCAGCGAGUUGCUGAGAACGGACAUUCUAAACUCUUGCCUCCAGAACUCUUGUCUGGAAGCCAACAUCCCAGUGAAGAAGCUGAUACCUCUUCUAAUGAAAUCCUUAGCUGAUCCAAAGAUAACUUGGGGCUUUCUUCUUGUGAUUUGUAUAUAUACUUUUUAAAUGGGCUGACUUAACAAUUUUGAGCUUCAUUGUUUUUAUUUUUUACUAAUCAGAGCACACUAUGUUUACACAUUUUGUAUCUAACUACAACAGAUCUCUUUUUUAGAGACAAAGUUAGGGUAUCAGUGAUAGCAGGUAACUGAACUUUUCAAGUACUUGGGUAUUUUAAACUUGGAGUGUUUUACCUAAGUCUGAUGUUACCUUUUUUAUAUUUUGAUGUCUUAAUUUGACUCAAUGAUGAAUUUGUGCAAUCUUCUACUGACGUUAGGUGGCAUCAUUUUAUAUAUUUCCUAUUUAUCUUUUGUAGCUAUUUUCCUUAAUUCUUUGAUUAGAAUAUUAGAUUUCUUCACUAACAGUUUUACCAGCAAAAAAGGGGGGGGCAUUUCUUUCAGAUUUGUAUAUUAAAGUCACUUUUGCCCAUUGAAGGGAGUUAGGCUACUACAAAACGAAAUAUCAAGUUAUCACCUAAAUUCUCAUCAAUCAUAUUCAUUAAUAUUCCUGAAGCUUUGGGUGUUAAAGGGCUUAGAAUAGUCAUUACUUUGGUUAAUGCAACUUCCUUUUCUCAAAAAUUUGUUUUAAUAAUUGUUCUUUAUUUGGCAUAAUCAAACUGUAUACAGAUGAAAAUGACAGCUUUAUAAAUAGCAUAUUUAAAUGACUUUACUAUGGACAUGAAAACAAUCAUGACUGAGAAUUAUAAUGAUAUUGUCUGGCAGCAAAUAGGUUUGUCCAGGUUGUAAUAAAGCAGUCAUAAAAAAAAUUUGAAUUUAGCAAACAGUACAUUAUGAGGUGAUACAAGUGCAGUUCAACUUGGAUAUAAGUUCAUUUUAUACAUAACAUUAGACCUCUUAAAAGCUUUGUACCAUAUUGUUAUCUUGAGAUUUUUAAAGGGCUAAGUCUUGAAGAGAAAAAUUACAUAGGACAGCAAAGAUAACUGUUCAAAAUUGGCACCUGGACAAAAUAUUUAGCAUCUUAUUUUUCUAAAUAACUAAAGCCUGGAUUAAGUUAUAUUUACUAGGAUUAUGUGAAUAUUAAGAGCCUCUUAGAUAUUCAAAUACUGGGCCCUGACUUUUUAAAAUUAAAACUUAAACUUACAUUUUAUUAAACUACAUAGAAUGAAAUACUCUUUGUUGUUCCCUAGUAACCUUAAUAGAUCUUUCAAGUCCUACUGCUGCUAACUUUUAUUCAGAAAGAAUCCAGUAACCUCAGUGGACAAGCUGUGUAAGAUCUAAGCUCAGUGUUAACCACUCACUGGAAGAUCAUUUAUCUUUUCUCAAAUGGACCUGUUGCAGGUUGAAAUCUUAAUGAAGGACCAUGUCCUGUGAAUGCUGUCCUCUGCUAGUGAUCAUCUAAAAGCUUGAAAAAGGUCUCUAAUAGGAAAUUGCCCUUAAAUUUUAGAGAAGUCAUCUGGAGCAGCUGAUCAUGAAGUACAAUGAGAAUUUUAUCACUGAACAGACAAAUCAUUCAUGCCAGAACUACAGCUUGAGUGUUAAAUGGCUAAGGUUUAAAACCAUUAAAUACCUAUGCAAAUUGUUACCUCAGCUGUUAACAUAAUCGUACCUCAUUAAAGUUGUAUGUGUCAA